AUGUCCUAUUCACCUGAAAGAAGAUCAGAAAAUUGGCCGGAGGAUCCUAAAAAUGGACCGUCAAAGGAUAAUUAUGAAGGGUCCACCGGUGUCGAGCACGAAGCGCUUGACACAAAUUGGCAUCAAGUCGUGGAAAGCUUUGAUGACAUGAAUUUGAAGGAAGAAUUGUUACGAGGAAUAUAUGCCUAUGGUUUUGAAAAGCCAUCUGCCAUCCAACAACGAGCGAUCAUGCCAUGCAUUGAAGGGCGCGAUGUCAUAGCGCAAGCCCAAUCUGGAACUGGCAAAACUGCUACGUUUUCCAUUUCAAUUCUCCAACAAAUCGAUACUAGUAUUCGUGAAUGCCAAGCUCUUAUUCUGGCCCCUACCAGGGAAUUAGCCCAGCAGAUUCAAAAGGUGGUUAUAGCGCUUGGAGAUCAUUUGAAUGCUAAAUGCCACGCCUGUAUUGGUGGUACCAAUGUACGUGAGGAUAUGCGUCAGCUUGAAAGUGGAGUGCAUGUUGUAGUAGGCACACCCGGAAGAGUUUUCGACAUGAUUUCACGUCGGGCUUUGCGUGCCAACACAAUCAAGCUCUUUGUACUAGAUGAAGCAGAUGAGAUGUUAUCUCGAGGGUUCAAAGAUCAAAUCCAUGAUGUAUUCAAAAUGCUAUCUUCCGAUGUUCAGGUUAUUUUACUUUCUGCUACUAUGCCUGAUGAUGUGUUGGAGGUCUCUCGAUGCUUCAUGAGGGACCCAGUUCGUAUUCUCGUGCAGAAGGAAGAGCUCACCCUGGAAGGCAGUCAUUUUUUGCAACACUCGUCGCAAGGUGGACUGGCUCACGGAAUCAAUGCAUCAACG